CGACCAAUGAAAUCGUGAGAUUAUAUUGAGCCUGGCUAGAACUAGCCGAUUGAGGAACGAAAAUGUCAUCCAUUGCAAGAAAAAAACGAAGGCCCAAUGGUUCUAAUAGUCGCAAUAAGGACUUGCAACACCAGAAACUGAUUAAAACAGUUGAUUCUUUUUUGAAGUCUAUAGCCUCGGUCGACCUUAGACUGACGAAGAAAUGCAGUAUUUGUGCCGACAAGGAUUCCUCGGUUGGAAACCUCCGACCUCUGAUGAAGGCAUUGGAAAUAUCUUGCCAUGGAAUUCCUUGGCUAUUAGGAACCGUUGCCUUGCUACUGACUCUCCACAAAGCAGCACACAUCGAAGUUCUAAUUAAUUUAUUAAUAGGUCUUCUUGGUGAUCUGAUAGUAGUGGCAUUUCUGAAGUUCCUGUUUCAGCGACCAAGACCAGCACACAAUAAAAUGGACAUGUUUGCAACACUUUCUGUUGACAACUAUUCCUUUCCAUCCGGCCAUGCUACACGAGCAGCAAUGGUGGCCUUCCUUCUAACUGAAAGACUGGUUGUGAAUUCGUCAUUCCCAGGACUCAUAUUGCUGUGGUCAGUUUUUGUCGCUGCAUCCAGACUGAUGCUUGGGCGUCAUCAUGUUAGUGAUGUACUGUUUGGUUACCUGAUCGGAUAUAUACAAUACAAGGUGUUGUCCAGUUAUUGGCUGUCCGAGCAGACCUGCAUGUAUCUUGUUGAACCAAUAUUCAGGAAUAUUCAUCAUUAACGUUGUAGGCGGAUUGGCAGCUAUAUUUCUUGUACAGAAAAAAAAUUGUAAAUAUAUAUUCAAGUCACUUUGAAUUAACUGUUUGCGGUAUCUAUAGGUUUGUAGCACAAAGUAUUUCUUCCUUCAAAUCCUGAACACUAUAAAGUCCCAUCUUUAUUGAAAUGUAUUUGAGAACAAAUAUGUAGUUACAAUGUAUAAAACAUUUGGAAAUAUAGACACAAUCAA